AUGGUGGACAUGUGGAAAUGUGGAAUGUUUUUGGAGCUCCUGGAUUCUCAUGCGCAAUCGACUGGCCCUGCGAAGAAGGUGACGAAGACGAAAAAGAAGAAGAAGGAUGGGAAUCCCAAGUCCGAGUCCAAAGAAGCGAACACCGAUAAAGAAGCGAGCCCCGUCAAAGAAGCAAGCAUCGACAAAGAAGCAAGCUCCGACAAAGAAGCCAGCCCCGUCAAAGAAGCAAGCCCCGUCAAAGAAGCAAGCAUCAGCAAAGAAGCAAGCAUCAGCAAAGAAGCAAGCAUCAGCAAAGAAGCAAGCAUCAGCAAAGAAGCAAGCAUCAGCAAAGAAGCAAGCAUCAGCAAAGAAGCAAGCAUCAGCAAAGAAGCAAGCAUCAGCAAAGAAGCAAGCAUCAGCAAAGAAGCAAGCAUCAGCAAAGAAGCAAGCAUCAGCAAAGAAGCAGACAUUGACAACGAAACAAGUGCCGAUGAAGACGCAAGCACUGACGAAGACGCUUCAGGCGGUGCCUCGAUUCUGUGA